AUGCGUGUGUCCUGCGUCCUAGUCGCUGCAGCUGCGAUCGCUGUUCUCACAAACAGUUGCGGCGCAGCCCCAACAUCCGCUCGCGCGCCCGAAGUUUCGACGGACACAGUGUCCGAUGUGCGUGUUUCUCCCGGUACGGAGCAACACGAUAGAAAGACGCUACUGCGCAGCGAGCUCGAGGAUGAAAACGAGGACAGCGAAGACGACGAAGACAACGAAGACAACAGAAAGAAAGAAGCCGCAGACGUGGAUGGAAAACUAUUGAAGUUUUUUAAUCGAUUGAGUGGUCGGGGCUACAACCCUGUCAAGCUUGGCAACACGAUUCCUGCCGAAGAGUACACGAAGCUCCGUAAGUUGUACCGAAACUGGUACUACCACUUUCGCACGACAUAA